CUUUGUGUUCAAUGUGAUCAGACAGCGAAACGAAACACACCGACCGUUGUCAGGUGCCUGGAACCACACCGACGCCGAUCACAGCGCAAACAUCGGCUUUUCUACAGCGUUUAACAUUCAUAUCACCACCUUAAAUCUUUAAUCAGUGUCUUCAUUGUGAUGGCGCAUCCGGUGGGUGUGUCUCUGGUUUGAUUGACAGCUUGUGCUAAAAGGAAUGGACUACAAUGAGUAGAGACCACGCCCCUCAAACAUCAUGAAGCUCAACUCAUCCUGAAUCGCACACACUUCACACAAUCACACAAACGAACUUCCUCGCCAUGGGCUCUGUGUACCUGUGGAAGUUGUCCUCCCAAAAGCUGGGAUUCUUCCUGGUGAGUUUUGGCUUCAUUUGGGGGAUGAUGCUGCUUCAUUUCACCAUCCAGCAGAGGGUGACACACGAAAGUAGCGCUCAACUACGUAUGCAAAUAUUGGACCUCAGCAAGCGAUAUAUCAAAGCCCUCGCUGAGGAGAACCAGAGCGUGAUGGACGGACCCUACGUAGGCACCAUGACUGCAUACGACCUGAAGAAGACUCUAGCUGUUCUUCUGGAUAAUAUAAUGCAGAGAUUAUCAAAGCUAGAGUCUAAAGUGGACAAUAUCAUGUACAACGGAACCAGUACCAACCUGACCAAUGGAACCGGGACCCCUGGACCGAACCCCGUCAAACCAGAAAAAGUCAAUGUGGCAGACUUGCUGAACGGAGCGCAGGAGAAAUGUGAACUACCCUCGCUUGACGGGUUUCCGCAUUGUGAAGGGAAGUUGAAUUGGAUGAAGGACAUGUGGCGUUCGGACCCCUGCUACGGCAACUACGGAGUGGACGGAUCCACCUGUUCAUUCUUCAUUUAUCUGAGUGAGGUUGAAAACUGGUGCCCUCGCCUGCCAUGGAGGAUCAAGAAUAAUGCUGACGAAGCCGACAGGAAUACACAGAUGGAGAUCCGCACGAGUUUCGAGGAGCUGUAUCGCGUGAUGUCGUGGCGCGAGGAGUUUCGCUGGAUGAUGCUGCGGAUCAAGCGCAUGGAGGAGCCGUGGGUCAGCGCCGUCCGCUCCCUCGCCACCAAACAAAACCUCAACAACCACAAGCGCAAAAAGGUCCUGGUGCACCUGGGUCUCCUGACGAAGGAGUCUGGUUUUAAGAUAGCGGAGAACGCGUUCAGCGGAGGUCCUCUGGGCGAGCUGGUUCAGUGGAGUGACCUGAUCACCACGCUGUAUCUGCUGGGACACGACAUCCGCAUCUCAGCGUCUCUCGCCGAGCUCAAGGAGAUCAUGAAGAAGGUCAUGGGCAACAAGUCCAGCUGCCCCACAAAGGGUGAUAAAGUUGUGGAGCUCAUCUACAUAGACAUCGUGGGUCUGGCUCAGUUCAAGAAGACUCUGGGCCCGUCCUGGGUCCAUUAUCAGUGCAUGCUGAGGGUCCUAGACUCGUUUGGGACGGAGCCGGAGUUUAACCACGCCCACUACGCCCAGUCGAAAGGUCACAAAACUCCGUGGGGCAAGUGGAAUCUGAACCCCCAGCAGUUCAACACUAUGUUUCCUCACACUCCAGACAACAGUUUCCUGGGCUUCGUGGUGGAGCAGCACCUGAACGCCAGCGACGUCAAGCACAUCGACGACAUCAAGCGGCAAAACCAGUCGCUGGUGUACGGCAAGGUGGACAACUUCUGGAAGGAUAAAAAGAAAUACCUGGACAUCAUUCAUUCGUACAUGGAAGUGCACGGCACGGUCCACGGCACGAGUACAGUCCACCUGCCGGCCUACGUGAAGAACCACGGCAUCCUCAGAGGACGCGACCUCCAGUUCCUCCUGCGCGAGACCAAGCUUUUUGUCGGACUGUCCUUCCCGUACGAGGGUCCCGCCCCUCUGGAGGCCAUAGCCAAUGGCUGCGCUUUCCUCAACCCAAGGUUCGACCCGCCUAAAAGCAGCAAAAACACGGAUUUCUUCAAGGGCAAACCCACACUCAGAGAGCUGACCUCCCAGCACCCUUAUGCUGAGGUUUACAUCGGACGUCCACAUGUCUGGACCGUCAACAUAGAUGAUCCAGCAGAGGUGGAGAACGCCAUUAAAGCCAUCCUCAGUCAGAAGAUCGAGCCGUAUCUGCCGUAUGAGUUCACCUGUGAGGGGAUGUUGCAGCGCGUCAACGCUUUCAUCAAGAACCAGGAUUUCUGUCAUGGUCAGGUGAUGUGGCCUCCUCUCAGCGCCAUGCAGGUCAAAUUGGCUCCGGCAGGUAAAUCCUGCAAGCAGGUGUGUCAGGAACAGCAGCUGAUCUGUGAACCCUCUUUCUUCCAGCAUCUCAAUAAAGACAAGGAUCUGUUCAGGUAUGGUGUGGAGUGUAAGACGGUGGAGUCCACCAGCGAUAUCGUCGUCCCCGCCUUCAGCGAAUCGGUUCGGCAUUGCGUGUUCCAGUCGGACCUGCUGCUGUUCAGCUGCGCCGGGGCCCAUCAGUCGCUCACGCGCAUCUGUCCCUGCAGAGACUACAUGAAAGGACAGGUGGCGCUGUGCAAGGACUGCUUAUAACACACACGCGCACACCACACACACUUCAGCAACCCCAAACGACCAAACUGGCGGUUCAUCCCCCGCCGUACUGGACGGGACCGGACUAUUACAUAGCGCAAUGCUGACAGAGCCAGUGUUGUAAUGUGCGGUGAUUCGAUUAAAGAAUUCAGAGGAAUUCAACUCUUGUUUUAUUCCCAUAAACUCACAAAAAAAAAAGGAAUGGAAACGCUGGAGUGCGGCAGCUCUCGGCAUUCGGCCGGAAAAAAACAAAAACGAAGGAUG